ACCCAACGUAUUGAUAAGUGAAUAAAAACGGAAAUACCCACACCCGUAUAAAGCAUCAUGUGUUCAAAUUCACCGCGCAAAUACUCGCAAUUUCCAAUACAAUGAAACACCUGUCCCCCAAUUUCAACCCCUCUAUAAACCUGACGAAUUCAUCCAAAUUUCUCACAUUUGUGUUAGGGUUUAUUCUUUGCGUUAGCACCUCUACUUACGGAGAAUCAUCAACAUGUUUAACGGUAUACAAAGAAGGCGGUGCACCUGCCGUAUUUCAAUCCCCAAAAUGCCCUCGAUGGAAGCUUCCAGAUUAUGGUUCCGAUCAAUGGUCGAAUGGUAGGUGUCAAACUGCGUUGCAUCAAGGUCGCCGUAAAUCUCAAGAAGAUCGAAUUCUAUGUGCCCUCGAUAUUCGUAUCCCUUUCCCCGGUGAUAAUGGUAUUACUGAGGUUACUGUUGGCGUUGUUGCAGUUUUUGAUGGUCAUAAUGGUGCUGAAGCAAGUGAAAUGGCAUCAAAGCUAUUACUACAGUAUUUCACAUUGCACACAUUUUUUCUUCUUGAUGCAACAUUUUCAGUUCUUUCAAGGAAAAUGAUUGGGCUCUUGCCAAAUGAAAGAGGACAGAGUACUCUUCGAGACCUGAACUGGAAGCUGGAUGAGUUGAACUUUGGGAGGCUCAAGCUGACUGUUUCAUCAAUCAUUGAUCAAUCUUUUCACCUGGAGGUAUUGAGGGAAGCAUUGCUAAGGGCAAUUGAUGAUAUUGAUUCUGCAUUUUCAAGGGAUGCGUUCAGACACAAUUUUGAUUCUGGCUCUACCGCCACAGUUAUACUUACGGCAGAAAAUCAAAUUUUAGUUGCCAAUAUUGGAGAUUCAAAGGCAUUUUUAUGCUCUGAAGAAUUUAAAUCUCAAGAAGAGGCUAAAGCUGAUUUGUUGAGGUUAUAUAGGCAAAAUAGAGGCUUUGGAAUUUUCGAACCUGUGAAGAACUUCCGAAGCUUCAAGUUGGCAGCUCCUGACCAGUGGCCUUUCUUGAUUGCUAAGGAACUGACCAGAGACCACCACCCAGAUAGGGAUGACGAGAGGUCUCGAGUGGAGACCGCAGGAGGACAUGUUUCUAAAUGGGGUGGCGUAGCUAGGGUUAAUGGCCAAUUGGCUGUUUCUAGAGCUAUAGGUGAUGUGUAUUUUAAAAGUUAUGGCGUUAUAUCUGCUCCUGAAGUCACUGAUUGGCAACCUUUGACAGCCAACGACUGCUAUUUGGUGGCUGCAUCUGAUGGCGUUUUAGAAAAGCUUAGCUCACAGGAUAUUUGCGACAUAUUGUGGAACUUACAUGCUGAUUUCUCUGUACAAUCUGAACUCGCUUAUUCAUGUUCAUACUCCUUAGCUGAUUGCAUAGUGAAUGCUGCUUUUGAAAAGGGUAGUAUGGAUAACAUGGCAGCUGUUAUCCUUCCAGUUAGAUGGAAUGGUUCAACGCAGUCAGUAGUGAAGAAAACACAUGCAGGAAUUAGAAAAUUCGAUUGCUUAUCUUCAGGAGAUAGUAAUUAUAUUUCUCAACACUCAGUGCUUAGCUGGGAGGAGGAUGGUCAUCCACCACUUGCUUCCAAUUUUGGCAGAUUAUUGGUAAGAACAUGCAUAUUUGAAGUUAGGCUUUGGCAAGCCCAACUUCAGACCCGUGAAUUUGAAGUGGCUAAACUUGCAAAAAUAUGUGAACUUCAGUAUACUACAAGGUACAUUCUAAAGAAGAAAUAUGAUCGUGGAUCAUAUGGUGAAGUUUGGCUAGCUUUUUAUUGGAAUUGUUCUCAUGUCAUCAAGUCUCCAAGAAGUAGCAAUUUUUCAGCUAAUACUAUGGAUGAGGGGGCCAAUAAUGAAACAAAGAAGAAUCCAUCAUCUGCUGAUGUCUGUGAUGAUGGCCCUUCUGAAGGCAGCAUGUUCAUUUUGAAGCGUAUCAUGGUAGAGAAAGGCACUUCUGUCUAUUUAAGUGGUCUACGGGAGAAAUAUUUUGGUGAACUCUUUUUGAAUGCUCAUACUGUUCUUGAUGGUUCACUACAAGCUGAAGAUUCAAAUUCCCUCUUGCUAAAUAUAAGACCUGAUCUGCAUGAUCCUGUGGAAAUAAAUGAAUCAGCGGAUAUAGGAAGGCGAAGAACCUUGAGGUUCAACAAAGUGCAUGGUAAAAAGGAGGACAUGCUGAGAGCUGCCUUUGAGGAGGGUCUUAAUCACAUUGCCAGAUAUGUGGAGUCUUUCGAGUCUCGAUCCAAUGAGAUAUGGCUUGUGUUUCGUCAUGAAGGGAGAUCCUUAUCAAAGCUUCUCUAUACAGCUGAAGAAGUGAUAAAUAAUUCGGAGGGAGGAAAUGAAAAUAUAAAGCAUAUUCAGAUAUUACAUCCAUCAAAAUGGUGGAAAUGGUUGAAGACAACAGAAGCAGGGCGAGAGGAAACGCGUAAUCUGAUUUGGCAAUUGUUGAUGGCACUUAAGCCUUGUCAUGAUCGCAAUAUCACCCAUAGAGAUAUAAAACCUGAGAAUAUGGUCGUUUGCUUUGAGGAUCAAGAUUCUGGGAGGUGCUUGAAAGGGUAUCCGAAUGAAGAUAAGAGUUAUCUAACUAAGAUGCGUAUUAUUGACUUCGGUAGUGCGGUGGAUGAGUUCACAUUGAAGCACUUGUAUGGGUCUAUUGGGCCUUCAAGAGCUGAACAAACUUAUGAGUAUACUCCACCUGAAGCUCUUUUGAAUGCAAGUUGGUACCAAGGGCUGACUCCCACCACCAUGAAGUAUGAUAUGUGGAGUGUUGGUGUGGUGAUCUUAGAACUGGUUUUGGGUACGCCAGACGUGUUUCAGGUGAGUUCUAGGACCCGUGCUCUUUUGGAUCAGCACCUGGAGGGUUGGAAUGAAAGCUUGAAGGAGCUUGCCUACAAACUCAGAUCUUUCAUGGAAAUGUGUAUUCUGAGCCCUGGAGUUACCUUAAAACUUCAUCAAACUAGAUCAAAAUAUGACCAGGCCUCAGCUUCACCAGCUCCAUGGAAAUGCUCUGAAGAGUUCUUUUCUCGUCAAAUAAAAAACAGGGAUCCUCUGAAGAUAGGGUUCCCAAACAUAUGGUUACUGCGACUAGUACGUGAAUUAUUACAGUGGAAUCCUGAAGAUCGACCAAGUGUUGAUGAGGCUCUAAAACACCCAUACUUCUCGCAAAGGUGAUAAAAAUAUACCAGGGAGGAAUACCUGCUCCCCUACGAACAGCUAAAAGACAACACAACCUGCACAGCUUUACCCCAGGUCUAUGAUUCGGAUGACUUGUGGCCAUCCAUAUGGAGAUGGUUGUCUACGCCCGUUCUACAAAACUCUAUCUUGAAAUGGCCUAAUAGGACCCCUGGGCUUCACAAGUGCAGCUUAUGGUUAUGUCGUUGUAACUUAUUGCCUGGUGUAUAAGCAGGAAGAAUAGAGAAAUGGGCAGCAAAGAAUGAAGAGCUGGGAGAUUGUGGAUGUUUCAUUAUUUCUUUACAUUGCAGCAUGAAAUUUCAUGUAACCAAUAUUCUACUGUCCAUUCUUUGGGAGGAUUAGCAUGCCAUAUCUUAUAGGAUUUAAGUUAUAUACACAGAUCUGAAAGUUUAUAUAAAAUCAUUGUAGUUUAACCGGUUAGAGGUAACACAAAAUGUCAUAAACACUAUAUAAAGCAAUGGCAACCUUCAUCUUUUGGAAGCU